AUGGGUCAAACUGCAUUUCAACCCUUGUAUGGUCGGCUUUCCGAUAUCUUCGGUCGGAAGCCCGUGCUUUUACUGAGCGUGGGUUUUCUUGUGCUGGGCGACGUACUAUGCGGAUUUGCGCAGACCGUCACCUGGCUGUAUGCAUGCCGCGCGCUCAGUGGCAUCGGCGGAGGCGGCAUCAGCUCCCUCGUGCAAAUCACCGUGAGUGAUUUGGUGAGUCUGAAGGACCGUGGCAAAUAUCAGGGCAUGUUGAGCGCCGCUAUAGGACUCGGGGCUGGUACUGGUCCUUUCAUCGCGGCGGCCAUGUUGAAUACCAGCAAUCGCGAGCGUUGGCGGUGGAUCUUUUGGAUUCCCCCGAUUCUUGCAGCAGGAUGUAUGGCCACUAUGUGGUUAUGUCUUCCACUGAAACCGGUGUCGGGUAGCUGGCGAGAAAAACUGCAAAAGAUCGAUUGGCUUGGACUAGCCGUGGCCAUUGCAUGUGUGGUUUUCCUACUGAUCCCAUUGAAUUCUGGAGGGAGUAUCUGGCCGUGGCGUAGCGCACUAGUAGUCUCCAUGCUUGUCGUAGGGGGCUUCUUCUUUAUUCUGUUCGCCAUUGUCGAGAAGCGCUUUGCGAAGAUCCCAAUAAUUCCGCUCCGUCUCUUUGGCCAGGCACCUACGGCUGUCAUAUACUUCCAAAGUGCCCUGUAUAACUCCGUGUGGCAAGUUGACAUUCCUCAUUCUCCCAUUAUUGCUUCUGCAGAGCAUCGCCGGUGUAAUAUCUGGACCCGUGAUGACGAAGCUGGACCGGGGCUGGCAUCGGUUUCGUUCUUCAACCUGAAAGCCCUUGUUGCAUUACAAGCCUUGUCCAAACCCGAAGACCGUGCCGUAGCCACCUCCACGCGAAACUUGAUGCGAAUGCUCGGGUCCGUUGUGGGCAUGGCCUUGUCGACCGCGGUUCAAAAUACAGUAAUUAAAUCAGCCUUGCCUGCUGAUCUGCCUUCAUCGAUUCGUGAGCAAGUUAACAGUGGUAGCUGGGAACGAGGACAACCAGGCACGGGGAAAUGGGACCACCAUAUAUUGGAUGCCAAAAUGAAAGGUAUUCGAGCCGUAUUCAUCCUGCUGGUCCCAUCGGUAGGUUUAUGUCUUCUCAGUUGCUACUUCAUUCCCAAUAGGGAACUUCCAGGGGACCCUAGGCGCAACGAGAAUGCAGAAGUCGGUGGUACACAAAGCGCAACUCCCUGA